GUCGGGGAGGUGGGAGUGUAAAUGAGGGUGUGAGCGAGCGAAGUGUGAGGGGGUUAGGGGAGCCGUUAGAGGGUAUCUUUCCGGAAUAUACGGGCGGGAGGGAUAUGAACAAGGCAGCCAAGUUUAUUUUGUGGAAGUUCUCGCAGGCAAAUAGGGCGAGGUUGAGUAUUUACCCUCACUUGACCCAAGCGACCGAUACAAGAAAUAUUGAACUCGUCUUUGCAGCGGUGAAAGAGACGAUACUACAUAAUGCGCUGAAAGAUGCCGGGAUCAUGUAGACUGGGCUCGGCUUGGUUCUUUCUUCCAGGCCCUCUGGUAACAAUAAUGCCGACUCUAACCCCGCUUUCGAUCCGAGGUCAAGGCCCAAGGGUUGACCUGGUUGAUGGAUUGAGGCUUGUCCACCUUGUCCCGUGCGUUGGGCAGGAUACUUGUUGUGGUCGAAUAUCCACAUGUAACCCCCCGCCCCCGGCUCAUCCUUGUUCUGCCAGGCACAAGCAGCAAGGAAUCAAGGAAUUCUUUCCUUGUCGAAUCACGGGGAGCCGCCCACUCGAAUAUCGAAACGUUCAGCCUAAUUUGGACAUGAGCUGGCUAACAUUCAACUCGUCCCCUCACUAUUUCCACUCUCGGUCUUUCCUUAAUCCUUACUCUCCUAAUUGCUUCAUCUGACUCGCAUAUACAAGUUACCCAUCCACGUCGUUUCUUUACAUAAUUCAUCGUUCGCCGUCAUGCACUCUUACUCAUGGCCGGGUCACACAUACACAUGUAUCAUCAGACGAUCUUCAAAUUAUCACCAUCGCAUUCCUUUUUUUUCACUUUUUUGUUUCCUAAGCUUCGUUGUCGCAGCUUUCUGUCACCCCAAACUGCUAUCCAUUCUAUCUUUCCUUGGUUCCAUCCUGCGUUCCGGUGAGGUGCUGGCGCUGGCGCUGGUCGGGUGGGCAGUGCGAUUUAUCUUUGAUCCAUUCUCGCCGGAGAAACUGGGGAUGCUAAAUGUGGGAAGGGGGGGAGAACUCAGGAAGUUCGGAGUGUGGACGUGAGUACCUGGAUUUGUUGGGUGAGGAUGGGUGAGGAUAAGGUGUUUGGUGGAACUCGGGUCAUGGAAUUUGGAGUGGGGAAUGCUCUCCUUGUCCUUCUAGGUCACUUUAGAAAG